ACUUGCCAUUCUUUUACAUCUCUGUGCUUUGUUUUUUCUUAAUUUUCUCAUUGGUCUCAUGGCAGCCUCAGUUGACCCGCUUGUCGUCGGCCGAGUGAUCGGCGAUGUCGUUGACAUGUUUAUUCCGACUUUGAGCGUCUCUGUCUACUUCGGCUCAAAGCAUGUCACUAAUGGCUGUGACAUCAAACCCUCCAUUGCUAUAAGCCCUCCCAAAGUCGCCAUCUCUGGACAUUCUGACGAGCUUUAUACUCUGGUUAUGACUGAUCCGGAUGCACCCAGUCCAAGUGAGCCUAGCAUGCGAGAAUGGGUUCACUGGAUUGUUGUCGAUAUCCCUGGCGGAACAAAUCCAAACAGAGGAAAAGAGAUUCUACCCUACGUGGGACCGCGUCCGCCGGUGGGAAUCCAUCGCUUCAUUCUGGUGCUAUUCCGGCAGAAGGCGCCGCUGGGACUGGUGGACCAGCCGCCGACGCGGGCCAACUUUAACACUCGCUAUUUUGCCGGAAACCUCGACCUCGGCCUGCCUGUCGCCACCGUCUACUUCAACUCCCAGAAGGAGCCAGCCUCUAAGCGUCGCUGAGCUUUAUAUAUAUAUAUAUGCCGUGCAGGCAUUUACGUCGCUGCUAGCUUGGAGGUCCAACGAGAGGCAGAGAUUGUGAUAUCAUAUAUUAUGGUAGUUCUAAUAAUGAAUAUUAGCAAAUCAUGUGUGUCGUUUGUUAUAAUUCAUUGUUGCAUGUCAAAUAUAUGUAUAUGGCCGGUUAAG